AUGGCAUCGACUAGUCUCAACCAGAUAAUAUGGCUUUUUGCCACUGGAUUUACGUUCUCUUACGCCUCCCUGGCACAGCGCGGCCAUGUCUUACACGAAGAACGUCGCACUUUGCCCGACGGGUGGCAGAAAGGCGACCGUCUGAAACCGGACAUCGUUCACCCUGUUCGGAUUGCACUUACGCAGAACGGGUUGGAGCGAGGUGAAGAGCUCCUAAUGGCUGUUUCAGACCCAGACUCGCCCCGUUACGGCCAGCACUGGACACAAGAAGAAGUUCAUAACUUCUUCAGACCAAACGACGAAUCCAGUAUGACGGUCCAGCAAUGA